AUGUCUAGAGGAACCCCCUACAAGAAACUCCAAAAUGACUUGAUUGAUUUCAUCCAUGGAUCGAACUACAUUGAGUUCUGCGGCUCGGAUUUUACCGUUACCGAGAAACUAUGCCGACGCGUCUUUAGGGGAGAGAACAUACCCGCAAAUGUCGAGGCAAGGAGCCUCGAAAGCCACCAAGAAAUAAUCAAUCACGCCCAAGCUCUCAACUACGCGGUUGGCCGGAUUGUCCUUGAUGGAGACCAAGUUACCGAAGAACUCAUCAAGAAUAUCCACAAGAGACUCUGCUCAGGGGACGUCUUGGGGGAGGACGGAGGUUAUCCAGGGCAGUACCGGACUUGGGAGAUUGCGGCCCGACAUGGGCAGGACAUGAAGAAGAAGUCCGUUUUUAUACGCGCGUCUGCGGUGCCACAGUACAUGGCUGAUCUCAUACACGAUCUCCGAAACGACAUGAUGGAUGCCGAAGAAUCGAGAGCCAUAGACCCAUUUGACAUGGCAAACAAGUAUUGCCACAGGCUUGUGUGUAUCCACCCGUUUGGGGACGGGAAUGGAAGGAUGUGCCGAAUACUAUUGAAUAUCCUUCUCUUGAAAUAUACCGGUCGCAUUAGUAUCUUUGGGGGUACUGAUGACGAGCGAGAGGAAUAUUUGGGUAUCGCGAGGAGGGCUAACAAGCGGUUCCACGAAGAAGACAUGGAAGUACCUGAGGAGGAAAAGAUAGGCCACCGCGAGCUUGCGAAGUAUACAUUGGGGAAAUUGAAAUAA